CGCCGAGCUCUUUUAAAUCGCCUGUUUGAUGUGGUUGAUUACGCUCACAUUGUCUAGUCAGAAUGGCACGCCAUAAUCACAGCCGUUAAAGACAACAAAGCCAAACCCUGAUUUAGGAGCAAAUAUAUUGAAAGGAAGUCUGUAGGCCUUGUUUAUAGAGGAACUAUUUUGUGUUAUGAAGCAAAUGUAAAGAUUAUUUAGUUUAUUAGCUCUAGAAUACCAAGUGUACGUGAUAAACGCUUGAAAAUCAGACACACAGUUGUGGCUUUACCAAAUACAGUAAUAAAGAUAUUAAAUGCUGAACUGAUAAGGCGCCUCUAUAACGCCUCUAUAAGGCGUUCUAUGCAUCCUGUGAAGCUGUGUGAUAGAUUAUUUACAUUUAUAUUUACAUCAACAUUUGCAUUUACAUUUGUGGCAUUGUGGCAUUUAUCCAAAGUGACUCACACUUAUAGCUAAUGACAGUCAAGCACCUGAGGGUUAAGGAUGGUGCUUAGUGGUGGGUUUUGAUCCAGCACCCUUCUGAUAAGCCAUACCUACCUUAUAGAUAUAUUUAAGGCUAUACAAUUACCGACUGUAGCAUAUACUGUAUGUUGCUCUGUAUCGCGCACUGUAUGUAGCAUAUACUGUAUAUAACUAAUGACAGUCAAGCAAGUGAGGGUUAAGGAUGGUGCUCAGUGGUGGGUCUUGAACCGGCGCCCUUCUGAUUGCUAGUCCAGUACGUUAACCACUGUGCUACCGUUAAUUAAUCUGAUGGAUCACUUUAUUAGGAACACCCAUUGGGUAUAUACAUUCACUGAUACUGAUAUAAGCCAUACCUACCUUAUAGAUACAUUUAAGAGUAUACAAUUACCGACUGUAUCAUAUACUGUAUGUUGCUCUGUAAAGAACAUACCACUGACCUGAUGUUAUUUGGGUGGGUGGUGGAACAUUCUCAACACCGCAACACACACCACCACGUCGUAACCAUGUUCGUAUCACUGCAGUGAAAUUUAGUGUUUUAAUAUAUAAACUUUUCUAUUUAUUAAAUUAACGAUGUGGUAAAUAUCUACAUCUGUAACGCUGUUCUCUUUAUCAACACCUUUUCUUACAGGUAUAUUUGGAGAGGUGACAGAUAACCAUGCUGAGGAGCAGCUCAGGAAUUAAACUCUGCUUGGUUGUUUUAUACGCUGCUUCGUUUGAUCACAGUUAUGUUGCGGGCAUACAGGUGACCUCCACAGGACCCCAGACUGUGAAGAUGUCCCGGGGAGAGCAUGUGGUACUGGGAUGUACGUACAGCGAGAGUCCGUCUGACACCGGACAGCUGGACGUGGAGUGGUCCAUCGUCAGUCCCGACAUGACGCAGAAAGACCAGCUGAUUUUAUACUAUACUGAAGGGAAGGAGUUUAGCUUGGGCGACCCCAAUCUGAUGAAACGCUUCAAGUUCAUUACUGACCCGAGCCGAGGAGACGCCACCGUCAACCUGACCUCCCUGGGGGUCUCAGACACGGCCACGUACCAGUGCAAAGUGAAGAAACCGCCCGGGACAGACUCGCGGAAGAUCACGCUGGUGGUCCUGGUGCGCCCGUCUGUACCUAAAUGUUGGGCGGACUCCAGCGAGGAGAUCGGAGGACGUGUGUCAUUAAAGUGCAAAUCCUCCGACGGAACCACUCCUUUAACCUACAAGUGGACGAGAGAGAAUGGCGGCUCGUUACCGCCCACCGCCGUCCAGAAUCCUCUGACCGGAGAGCUGCUGAUAUCGAACCACACCCAGAGCUACGCCGGCAGCUACAUCUGUGAAGUCAGUAACGAAGUGGGGGCGGAGAAGUGCAGCUACACGUUAAAAGCGUACAACCCGGUGAACCGGGCGGGUGUGAUCGCCGGCUCUGUGAUCGGUGCCCUGCUGCUGCUGCUUCUCCUCCUGCUGCUGCUCUGGCUCUGCUGCUGCUGCUACCAGAAACGCCGAUACGAGAAAGAAACCGCCAACGAGAUCAAGGAGGACGCCGCAGCCCCGGAGAGUCGCCCACCGAGCAGGUUAUCCAGCAUCCGCUCCAUCAUGGGGUACCGCACACAUCAGGGUCUGGUCUACUCCUCCACGAGACACAGCCGGCCGGGCAGGGGCGAUCUGAGCCCCAAAAACAGCGUCAAUCAAAGCCGACCGGUGUCGCAGAGCAGACCGGGAUACGACAGCAGAUACGACAGCAGAUACGGAUUCGCCGUGUAAGAUACUGUUCAGGGUUUAAUCCAGGGCUCGUGUGUGUGUCGCUUAGGGAGGAUUAAAUUCUGCUCUGCUCGGUGUGUAAAUAUUCAAAUACGUAAUGAGAAAAAUAUUUAAAGAGAAUUUAGCAACGUUUUUAUUUUUCGAUAUAUUUGUUUAUUUUUUGUGUAUUUUUUGAGAAAUUUAGGGUUUAAAUGUUUACAGGGGGGCGUCAAAAUUAAUAAUGCAUUUUUAUUACAUGUGUAAACAGUUUAUUACAUUUAUUUUUACACUCUUAUAUGUAUUUUUCCAUAAUAAAGAUCGUGUAGGUAAACAUCA